GGGCGGAGUCGCCUCCGUCCCGGGAGUCUCCGGAGGCGGAGCGCGGGCGCCUCGUUGGCCUGGGAAGAUGGCGGCGCCGGGGCCGGGUGUGGGUGCGAGCGCGGACGGCGGCUGCUUGCCCGGCAUGGUGCACGGGCCGGCCCGGAGCUGGUGACUGCCCUCAGCGUGUGACCUGUGCAGGGGGGCACGAUGGAUCUGGCUUACGUCUGCGAGUGGGAGAGGUGGCCCAAGAUCACCCACUGCCCGUCGGUGCCCCUGGCCUGCGCCUGGUCCUGCCGUAACCUCAUCGCCUUCACCACGGACCUCCGGAACGAUGACCAGGACCUGACCCGUAUAAUCCACAUCCUGGACACGGAGCACCCCUGGGAUGUGCACUCCAUCAACUCAGAGCACAGCGAGGCCAUCACCUGCCUCGAGUGGGACCAGUCUGGCUCCCGGCUCCUGUCAGCUGAUGCCGACGGGCAGAUCAAGUGCUGGAGCAUGGCAGACCAUCUGGCCAACAGCUGGGAGAGCCCCGUGGGCAGCCUGGUGGAGGGAGACCCCAUCGUGGCCCUGUCCUGGCUGCACAAUGGUGUGAAGCUGGCCCUGCACGUGGAGAAGUCAGGCGCCUCCAGCUUCGGUGAGAAGUUCUCUCGCGUCAAGUUCUCGCCGUCGCUCACGCUGUUUGGCGGCAAGCCCAUGGAGGGCUGGAUCGCAGUGACGGUCAGCGGCCUGGUCACCGUGUCCCUGCUCAAGCCCAGCGGUCAGGUGCUGACGUCGACGGAGAGCCUGUGCCGGCUGCGUGGCCGGGUGGCCCUGGCCGACAUCGCCUUCACGGGCGGCGGCAACAUCGUGGUGGCUGCGGCGGAUGGCAGCAGUGCCUCCCCCGUGCAGUUCUACAAGGUGUGCGUGAGCGUGGUCAGCGAGAAGUGCCACAUCGACACGGAGAUCCUGCCCUCGCUCUUCAUGCGCUGCACCACUGGCCUCAACCGCAAAGACAAGCUCCCCGCCAUCACCCACCUCAGGUUCUUGGCCCGCGACAUGUCAGAGCAGGUGCUUCUGUGUGCGUCCUGCCAGACCAGCAGCAUCGUGGAGUGCUGGUCCCUGAGGAAGGAGGGGCUGCCCGUCAACAACAUCUUCCAGCAGAUGUCUCCCGGGGUUGGUGACAAACAGCCCAUGAUUCUGAAGUGGCGGAUCCUUUCGGCCACCAACGACCUGGAUCGUGUGUCUGCUGUGGCACUGCCCAAGCUGCCCAUCUCACUCACCAACACAGACCUGAAAGUGGCCAGUGACACACAGUUCUACCCUGGCCUCGGCCUUGCCCUGGCUUUCCAUGACGGCAGUGUCCACAUUGUGCACCGGCUCUCGCUGCAGACCAUGGCCGUCUUUUACAGCUCUGCAGCCCCACGCUCUGUGGACGAGCCGGCCAUCAAGCGACCUCGUGGCACGGGCCCUGCUGUCCACUUUAAAGCCAUGCAGCUCUCCUGGACUUCACUGGCCCUGGUGGGCAUUGACAACCAUGGGAAGCUGAGCAUGCUGCGCAUCUCACCCUCCAUGGGCCCCACGCUGGAAGUGGGCCUGGCGCUGCGGCACCUGCUCUUCCUGCUGGAGUACUGCAUGGUGACCGGCUACGACUGGUGGGACAUCCUGCUGCACGUGCAGCCCGGCAUGGUGCAGAGCCUGGUGGAGCGGCUGCAUGAGGAGUACACGCGCCAGAACGCCGCCCUGCAGCAGGUCCUGUCCACCCGGAUCUUGGCCAUGAAGGCCUCGCUGUGCAAGCUGUCACCCUGCACCGUGACCCGCGUGUGCGACUACCACGCCAAGCUCUUCCUCAUCGCCGUCAGCUCCACACUCAAGUCGCUGCUGCGCCCCCACUUCCUCAACACGCCUGACAAGAGUCCCGGCGACCGGCUGACCGAGAUCUGCGCCAAGAUCACCGACGUGGACAUCGACAAGGUCAUGAUCAACCUCAAGACGGAGGAAUUUGUCCUGGACAUGAACACGCUGCAGGCUCUGCAGCAGCUCCUGCAGUGGGUGGGCGACUUCGUGCUCUACCUGCUGGCCAGUCUGCCCAACCAGGGCUCUCCACUGCGGCCGGGCCACAGCUUCCUGCGGGACGGCACCUCCCUGGGCAUGCUGCGGGAGCUGAUGGUCGUCAUCCGCAUCUGGGGCCUGCUGAAGCCCAGCUGCCUGCCUGUGUACACGGCCACCUCCGACACCCAGGAUAGCAUGUCCCUGCUCUUCCGCCUGCUCACCAAGCUCUGGAUCUGCUGCCGUGACGAGGGCCCCCCGAGCGAGCCAGAUGAGGCCUUGGUGGAUGAGUGCUGCCUGCUGCCCAGCCAGCUGCUCAUCCCCAACUUGGACUGGCUGCCCGUCAGCGACGGCCUCGUCAGCCGCCUGCAGCCCCGGCAGCCCCUACGUCUGCAUUUCGGCAGGGCUCCCGCUCUGCCCAGCAGCGCCACCACCUUGCAGCUGGACGGCCUCGUCAGCAGGGUGCCGGGCCAGCCCAAGAUUGACCACCUGCGGCGGCUGCACCUGGGCGCCUACCCCACAGAGGAGUGCAAGGCGUGCACCAGGUGCGGCUGUGUCACCAUGCUCAAGUCGCCCAACAAGACGACAGCCGUCAAACAGUGGGAGCAGCGCUGGAUCAAGAACUGCCUGUGUGGGGGGCUCUGGCGGCGGAUGCCCCUGAGCUACCCCUGACUGGGGGGCCCGGGCCCUGUAAAUAGAUCCCCAAUGGAUUACGUAGGACGGUGACACUGUCUGCCAGCCACUGACAGAGCAUUCACACAGUCCAGGCCCUCACUGGGUGUGCUAACAAAGCUGUCCAUGGUGGGGAGCUUUUGGGGCCUUGUCGCUGGACGGGGUGGGUGAGGACGUGGCCCAAAGCCUCCAGCCGGGGUUCUUCUGGGUGCCUCAGGUCCUGCUCGGAGAGUCCAGGAUGGCCCGGGCGUCCAGCUCAGGUGGAGCGCCUACCCAUCUCCACCUGUCCCUGUCCACGUUGUGCCUGCGCCUCCAGGUGGCCCUGCCUGGGCAGGCCCAUCAGCAUCCACAGGGCCCCCCAGCCCUGACUCCCCUCCCCCAUUUUGGGGUUCCCCUUGUGCCCUUUCAGCAUGUAUUGAGCACCUAGUAUGUGCCAUGCACAGGCCCACAGGGAGCCGGGAGCUGGUGGGGGCCUCUGGGCGGCCGAGUGUCUGCGCAUGUGCGAGACCCCUCGUGUGCCUGCGCCUCCCCGCCCCCGCCCCUGCAUAC